CCUCCCGCAGCCUCCUCCCGCUCUCUCACCCACCUAACCCUAGCCGCCGCUGCCGUCGCUUCCCAGGUAAGGAACCAGGGGCGUCCUCCCCCGCCGCCGCCAUGAAGCGCAAUCCCCGCGUCACGAGUUCCCGCCGGAAGUGCCGCAAGGCGCACUUCACGGCCCCGUCCUCCGUCCGCCGUGUGCUCAUGUCCGCGGCGCUGUCGACGGAGCUCCGCCACAAGUACAACGUGCGCUCUAUCCCGGUCCGCAAGGACGACGAGGUGCAGGUGGUGCGAGGCACCUACAAGGGCCGUGAGGGCAAGGUGGUGCAGGUGUACCGCCGCCGCUGGGUCAUCCACAUUGAGAGGAUCACCCGCGAGAAGGUGAACGGUUCCACUGUCAACGUCGGCAUCCACCCCUCCAAGGUCAUGGUCACCAAGCUCAAGCUCGACAAGGACCGCAAGGCCCUCCUCGACCGUAAGGCCCGCGGCCGCGCGGCCGACAAGGCCAAGGGCAAGUUCACGGCCGAAGACGUCGCCGCUGCUGCCGGGGGCGCCGCCGCCACUGGCGCCUCGCUCCAGGAGAUCGAUUAGGCGCGUGGAUCGGCUGCUGGUUGUACCGCCUCUCCUUAUUGCUCUAGAUUUUGCUAUCAAUGCUUCUGCUAGGAGUUCAUGUUACUUAAAAAUCUCUGCUUUUAUCCUUGAAAUGUAUCGAUGAGAGUUUUGGAACCUAAUGUCGAUCUAUGUGUCUGGGAUUUGAGAUAUGAAGACCUCAUUAUAUGUUU